AUGGCGGCGGCACUCGAUCCCGGAGAACAACACACCAAAUUCGUCGCAUGGGCCGAAGAAAAUGGUGUAGAUAUCAACGGAAUUGCUCCAGCUAGAUUUGCGGAUCGCGGGAUGGGUAUUGUAGCGGCCAAAGACAUCAAACUUCCCGAAAAUGUCCCCGUUCAUGGCAGGUUGGCUGCUGCACUGGCACUCUGGUAUUCAGAUAAAGAACACCAACAAUACACACUCUGGCAUGAUGUAUGGCCGACUGAUUCCGACUUCCGUGCUACUAUGCCAUUCUAUUAUGCCAAGGAGCUUCAGGACCUCCUCCCGCAUGCCGCCACGCUUCUGUUGAACAACCAAUGUACCAAGCUGGAGAAGGACUGGAAAGACCUUCAUCCGCAUAUUCCCGCAAUAUCGAAGGAUCUGUUCACGUACACUUGGCUCAUUGUAAACACGCGAACCUUCUAUUGGGAGUACCCUGAUCUACCCAACUCGCAUCCACGAUUACCAAAGAAGCGAAAGCAGCUUACGGCCGACGACUGUUACGCCAUGUGUCCAUUUAUGGACUACUUCAACCAUUCUGAUGUAGGAUGCGACCCAGAGAGCGACAGCAAAGGCUACAGCGUCACUGCAGAUCGCGAAUACAAGGCUGGCGAAGAAGUUUUUGUGAGUUACGGAGCACAUACGAACGAUUUCUUACUUGUGGAGUACGGCUUCAUCCUUGACAGCAAUCGGAACGAUGCGAUACCGCUCGACCAUCUUAUCUUACCACUCCUCAGUAAUGACCAAGCGAGUGCUUUGAAAGAAGAUGGCUUUCACGGUAACUACACUCUUUUCACGAAGGAACCUACGAUAUGUCACCGCACGCAGGCAGUACUUCGACUUCUUUUGCUAGACAACAGGCGCUAUUCCGCUUUCGUCGGCGGUGACGAUGAUGGAAGCAAGGAUCAAGUGCGCGUCAAUGAGUAUCUCGCAGGCAUACUUACGAAGUACUCGAGGCAGAUCAUUGACACACUUGAAGAGCUGGAGCGGCUUCAAGUCAGAAGCAGUGAGCAGAAGGGCAAGAGCGGACAGUCCAAGGUCACCAAGGGCGAGAAGAGCUUAGUCGAACCUGAGCAUCGAGACGUUUUGCUGAGGCGAUGGAAACAGAUCCGUGACCUCGUCAACACCGCAAUUAGCAAUCUACAAGCAUAG